CCCGAUCGAUCCGCGGGCCGGGCCUGAGCCAGGGGGAGGCGCUGGAGGAGGGGAGCGGCCGGAGCCCAGCUCCCCCCCACCCCACCCCCGGCGGAGCCCCCUCUUCCAGCGAGCAGAGGUCUCGGCUCCUGCGCUGAGAUGACCCCUCCACGCUCCUCCUGCCUCCACCGCCAUGGACGCUCCCUCUAACUCUGCCUCCUCCUCCUCCUCCGUCCCCCCAGCCGAGGGGCAGGAUGCCAGGGCUGCGGGCUGGCCACCUCAGGACCCCUCCGCCCCUCCAGCCACCAAAGAACCCUCCCUGCCGGACCCCCCCUCCGCCUCCCCUUGCCCUGCUGAGACCGUGAGGCCGAGCCCCGUCCCCCAGCCGGAACCGGGCCCCGCCAAUCUCCCAGCGGCCAUCUUGUCCGCCCCACAACUCCAGGCAGGCUUCGGCCUAGUAGCAGCAAGCCCGUCCCUCCUCCAUCCCUCCGGCCCCAGGGAAGAUGCCGAGGAGGAGGAGGAAGAAGGCGGCGAUGAUGAUGAUGAUGAAGAGGAUGCGGAAGAUGGUGGCACCACAGCCCAUCUGCUCUUCUUCCCUGAUGGCUCAGCCUAUCUCCUCAGCGGCGGCCAUGUUCUCUUACCAAAGGGCUACUCUGGCGCCACAGCAACCCUGCCAGUGUCCACCCUCCACGUCCAAGAUGGCGGCCCCAACCAAGGCUUUACGUCUACUGACCAAAUGUCCCAGAAUACCUCAGCGCCGGGCGAGCAGCCCCCUUCCGGCGCCUUCCACAGUUACCAACUAGCCAGGGCCUCUGCUCCCACCACCUCUGCCAAAAACUCUCCCACCGAACCCAAAGAUGCCGUCACCGACGGGGAGGGGGAAGCCAAAGUUGGCCAAGAGGAAGAACCAUCAUGGCCACCCUGGCUGUGCUUGGCCUGCCGUCUCUCCUUCCGACAGGGCCGCUCCUUGGCAGCCCAUGCCCUCUCGGCCCAUGGGGUGCGGCUCAGCCCCGGGGAGCGCCAGGCCCUGUCCCGCAGAGUUCCCGCCAUGCUCCAAGGCACUGCCCUCAGCUUCCUAGAACCAAAUAACCCCACCAGCGGGGUGGACCUCAGCGCCGGAAUGUGUAGUGGAUGGGUGAAUGUAAUGAAGGAGGAGGAGGAGGAGGACAGAAGCCCCCGAGAAGGACGCAAGCCACCCGAUGCCAAAGAUUUAAGGGCCGGCGGCGUGGACUGGGCCAACGGGGGAGAGGAGGAGGAGAAGGCUGAAGGCAGGAAGGAAGAAGAAGAUGGGCUGAGGCUUCUGCUGGACCAAAGCUCACAGGGCCAAAGCCCACCCAGAGGCGCCAAUGUCCCGGAUGACCCACCAUUAGGGAAGGCCAACACUGAGGUCACCGUUGGGUUGGCCAACAGCGAACUCAGCAACGAGGCCAACACUGAGGUCACCGUUGGGUUGGCCAACAGCGAACUCAGCAACGAGGCCAACACUGAGGUCACCGUUGGGUUGGCCAACAGCGAACUCAGCAACGAGGCCAACACUGAGGUCACCGUUGGGUUGGCCAACAGCGAACUCAGCAACGAGGCCAACACUGAGGUCACCGUUGGGUUGGCCAACAGCGAACUCAGCAACGAGGCCAACACUGAGGUCACCGUUGGGUUGGCCAACAGCGAACUCAGCAACGAGGCCAACACUGAGGUCACCGUUGGGUUGGCCAACAGCGAACUCAGCAACGAGGCCAACACUGAGGUCACCGUUGGGUUGGCCAACAGCGAACUCAGCAACGAGGCCAACACUGAGGUCACCGUUGGGUUGGCCAACAGCGAACUCAGCAACGAGGCCAACACUGAGGUCACCGUUGGGUUGGCCAACAGCGAACUCAGCAACGAGGCCAACACUGAGGUCACCGUUGGGUUGGCCAACAGCGAACUCAGCAACGAGGCCAACACUGAGGUCACCGUUGGGUUGGCCAACAGCGAACUCAGCAACGAGGCCAACACUGAGGUCACCGUUGGGUUGGCCAACAGCGAACUCAGCAACGAGGCCAACACUGAGGUCACCGUUGGGUUGGCCAACAGCGAACUCAGCAACGAGGCCAACACUGAGGUCACCGUUGGGUUGGCCAACAGCGAACUCAGCAACGAGGCCAACACUGAGGUCACCGUUGGGUUGGCCAACAGCGAACUCAGCAACGAGGCCAACACUGAGGUCACCGUUGGGUUGGCCAACAGCGAACUCAGCAACGAGGCCAACACUGAGGUCACCGUUGGGUUGGCCAACAGCGAACUCAGCAACGAGGCCAACACUGAGGUCACCGUUGGGUUGGCCAACAGCGAACUCAGCAACGAGGCCAACACUGAGGUCACCGUUGGGUUGGCCAACAGCGAACUCAGCAACGAGGCCAACACUGAGGUCACCGUUGGGUUGGCCAACAGCGAACUCAGCAACGAGGCCAACACUGAGGUCACCGUUGGGUUGGCCAACAGCGAACUCAGCAACGAGGCCAACACUGAGGUCACCGUUGGGUUGGCCAACAGCGAACUCAGCAACGAGGCCAACACUGAGGUCACCGUUGGGUUGGCCAACAGCGAACUCAGCAACGAGGCCAACACUGAGGUCACCGUUGGGUUGGCCAACAGCGAACUCAGCAACGAGGCCAACACUGAGGUCACCGUUGGGUUGGCCAACAGCGAACUCAGCAACGAGGCCAACACUGAGGUCACCGUUGGGUUGGCCAACAGCGAACUCAGCAACGAGGCCAACACUGAGGUCACCGUUGGGUUGGCCAACAGCGAACUCAGCAACGAGGCCAACACUGAGGUCACCGUUGGGUUGGCCAACAGCGAACUCAGCAACGAGGCCAACACUGAGGUCACCGUUGGGUUGGCCAACAGCGAACUCAGCAACGAGGCCAACACUGAGGUCACCGUUGGGUUGGCCAACAGCGAACUCAGCAAGGAGGCCAACACUGAGGUCACCGUUGGGUUGGCCAACAGCGAACUCAGCAACGAGGCCAACACUGAGGUCACCGUUGGGUUGGCCAACAGCGAACUCAGCAACGAGGCCAACACUGAGGUCACCGUUGGGUUGGCCAACACCGAGCUCACCAACGAGGCCAACGGCGAGUCCAAUGUUGGGUUGGCCAACAGUGGGAUCCACCCCAACACUGGAGGGGUCCCUAUUGGCUUUGGGGAUGAUUACACGGCCAUGACCUAUCCUGGGCUCAGUCUCUCUGGCCACAUGUCCCUGCUGCAUUCCCGCAACUCCUGCAAAACCCUCAAGUGCCCCAAAUGCAACUGGCAUUACAAGUACCAGCAGACUUUGGAUGUGCACAUGAAGGAGAAGCAUCCCGAGAGCAACAGCCACUGCACCUACUGCAGUGCUGGAGGCCCCCACCCGCGCCUGGCCCGGGGUGAGAGCUACAGCUGCGGCUACAAACCAUACCGCUGUGAGGCUUGCAACUACUCCACCACCACCAAAGGCAACCUCAGCAUCCACAUGCAGUCGGACAAGCAUCUAGCCAACCUUCAGGGUUUCCAAGCCAACACGAGCAGCGGGGCCCAGCCAGUGCCCCCACCCAUCCCCACAGCCCCGAUCCCGGUGGCCCCUGAGGAGAAAGAGGCCAAGAGCAAGACGUCCUGGCAGUGCAAAGUCUGCAGCUAUGAGACGGGCAUCUCCCGCAACCUUCGCAUCCACAUGACAUCGGAAAAGCAUAUGCAGAAUGUGCUUCUCCUCCACCAAGGGCUGCCAUUGGCCUUGCCCGGGCUCCUGGGACAGCCGGGGGGCAGCAGUGGGGGGAAACAGCAGCCACAGACCGAGCUCUUCCAGUUCUAUGGGGUGCAGGCUCUGGGUCACCACCACGGCCACCACCAUGCAGGAGCCACCGGUGCCGUGCCGGGACUGCGGGUGGAGAAGCCCAUGGAACCAGCACAGCUGCUGCUCAAUGGCUUCCACCCACUGGGUCCCGCUGGGAGGAAGGGGGCGGUUUCAGCACCAGGUAAGGGGCUGCGGCCCUUUGCCUCACACGAUGUCUUCACAUCUUCCACUGUCACCACCAUCACCACCAGUGACCUUCUGCCCACACUGUGCCCCCCCAUUCCACACAGUAGUUAAUUUUGGCGGCUCUUCGGCUGCCUGGUGUGCCAGCGUUUCGGCACGGACAGCGUGGAGGAGCUACUUCGCCACUCCACAGCUCCGCGCCGGCUGCCCGAGGCUGAGUGGAAGGAGGUGGCGGGGGAUCUCCACCGCUGCCGGCUCUGCGCCUACGGCACCCAGCUCAAGGCCAACUUCCAGCUGCACCUCAAGACCGACAAGCACGCCCACAAGUACCAGCUGGCUGCCCACCUGCGUGAGGGGGGCGGGGCCCUGCCCACCGCCACCCCUGGAGGGGCAGAGCUGCACCCUGGCCCCACCCCUGCCCCGCCCCCCCUCCACCUACGCUGCAACCUCUGCGACUACGAGACCAACAGCAAGGAGAAGAUGCGGCUGCACGUGCGGGGGGCGGGGCAUGAGGAGGGCGAGCGAAGCUACAAG